CGGGGCAGGCUUUACUUUCGUCUUGUGUACGCAGAACGGCCAUGAUUUCCCAGUUCUUCAUUCUUUCCUCCAAGGGGGACCCACUCAUCUACAAGGACUUCCGCGGGGACAGUGGCGGCCGGGAUGUGGCUGAGCUCUUCUACCGGAAGCUGACGGGACUGCCCGGAGAAGAGUCCCCGGUUGUCAUGCACCAUGAUGGCCGUCAUUUUGUUCACAUCAGACACAGUGGUCUCUAUUUGGUGGCCACGACUUCAGAAAACAUUUCUCCCUUCAGCCUCCUAGAGCUACUCUCUCGGUUAGCCACUCUCCUGGGCGAUUACUGUGGCUCCUUGGGUGAGGGGACCAUCUCCCGUAAUGUGGCUCUUGUCUAUGAACUCCUGGAUGAAGUAUUGGAUUAUGGCUAUGUACAGACCACAUCCACAGAGAUGCUGAGGAACUUCAUCCAGACUGAGGCUGUGGUCAGCAAGCCCUUCAGCCUCUUUGAUCUUAGCAGCGUUGGCUUGUUUGGCGCAGAGACACAACAGAGCAAAGUGGCCCCCAGCAGUGCAGCCAGCCGCCCAGUCUUGUCUAGCCGCUCUGACCAGAGCCAAAAGAAUGAAGUGUUUUUGGAUGUGGUCGAGAGACUGUCUGUACUGAUAGCAUCUAAUGGCUCGCUGCUGAAGGUGGAUGUGCAGGGAGAGAUCCGACUCAAGAGCUUUCUUCCCAGUGGCUCUGAGAUGCGCAUCGGCUUGACAGAAGAAUUUUGUGUGGGGAAGUCAGAACUCAGAGGUUAUGGGCCGGGAAUUCGGGUGGAUGAGGUCUCAUUUCACAGCUCGGUGCACCUGGAUGAGUUUGAGUCUCAUCGAAUACUCCGCUUGCAGCCACCUCAGGGCGAGUUGACUGUGAUGCGGUACCAACUCUCAGAUGACCUCCCCUCCCCGCUCCCCUUCCGGCUCUUUCCCUCUGUGCAGUGGGACCGAGGCUCAGGCAGGCUCCUGGUUUAUCUGAAGUUACGGUGUGACCUGCCCCCAAAGAGCCAGGCUCUCAACAUCAGGCUGCACCUUCCUCUGCCUCGAGGGGUGGUCAGCCUGUCUCAGGAGCUAAGUAGUCCAGAACAGAAGGCAGAGCUGGGAGAUGGAGCCCUUCGCUGGGACCUGCCUCGGGUACAAGGAGGCUCUCAGCUCUCAGGCCUUUUCCAGAUGGAAGUCCCAGGUCUGCCUGGGCCUCCUGGUCAAGGGCACUCCACCACAGCACCUCCUCUGGGGCUGGGUCCUGCGAGCCUCUCCUUUGAACUUCCUCGGCACACGUGCUCUGGCCUCCAGGUUCGCUUCCUCAGGCUGGCAUUCAGACAUUGCAGCAACACCAACCCCCACAAGUGGGUGCGACACCUCAGCCACAGUGAUGCUUAUGUUAUUCGGAUCUGAGGCUCCCCAAAAAGGACACGGGCCGCCUGUGACUAUGGAACUGGCUUGAAGAGUCCUAAGUCCUAGAGACCAUGAGGGCUCAAUAGGUUAGAUCCUCCCAUGGUAUCGGACACAGGAAGGACUAAGGUGAAUCAGAACUUACAAGUCAAACUUUUAUUAUGAGGAGCUGCCUGUACAAUAUUUAAAAAGGAAGUUAAGGUGAGGGAAGCAGAUAACUACUUUAUCCAGUGAAUGCACGUGUGUGUGCGCACGCGCGUGUGUAUGCAGAGAGAGAAUCUGGGCGAGAAUAGGUUGGCAGAUAUGUGAUAGCAUCAAGGUGCAGGCUGAGGGGAGCCUGAUCCAGGGGGCUGAGAGCCAUUAGCCUUUGGAGUCCCUGGAGCUGGAGGGGGGCUAUCUCCAGUUUCCUGUUUUCCCCCACAGAGGGCACUGCCCCCAAGUGGGGAGGGGGCUGAGGAUUGGGGAGGGACUGGGGAAGGAUGGGAGGUGGGGCCUCCUUUGCCAUCCCCUGUUGGGGGAAGAGAGACCACUAUGUACUUCUGGACACUGCCAGGGCCAGAGGGGGCAGUGCUGGGCGGUGCAGCUGUGGCAGUGGAGACCAGCUUGACAAUGGGCUGCACGCUAGGGACUGUGGUAGUGACAGGAGAGGUGGUGGUGGAACCUGAGCCAGGGGCUGAGGUGCUGAGGGACAGGACCUGGGGGAAGAAAAGAAAGUCAGUGUCUAUUGCCUUUCGUCCUCCCCACUCCCUGGGCCUGGGGUAAUACCUCACUUGCUCCAGCCAAGUAAUUCAUCCUCUGAUUUUGCUCAGGAGGAGAAGCUAUGGCCUUCUGGGCCCCUGGGAAGUGCUCCUUCUAUCUUCUGUGUUUGGGCCCAGAGGUGACUGGGCUCUACUUUGGGGCCCCUCUGAGUGUUCUGAGGUAACCUUAGGCCCCUUGGUAUAGCACUGUGACAUGCUCCCCACCAUCUCUGGUCUCAUAGGGCUCCACAUACCUGUUGAGUGGAUGAGGCGCUAGAGGACGAUGACAUUACAAUAAACUUGGUUGGAGGAGGGGAAGGCUGAGGUGGAGCAGCAGCUCGUGCAGACACCA